AUGUCGACCCAACCGCUGCUCCAAACCGCCCCGGGCAAACGCAUCGCGCUCCCCACGCGCGUCGAGCCCAAGGUCUUCUUCGCCAACGAGCGCACCUUCCUCAGCUGGCUCAAUUUCACCGUCAUCCUCGGCGGCCUUGCCGUCGGCUUGCUCAACUUCGGCGACAAGAUUGGGCAGAUCUCCGCAGGGCUGUUCACGCUGGUUGCCAUGGCCGCGAUGGCGUAUGCCCUGGUGACGUUUCACUGGCGCGCGAAGAGCAUACGGCAGCGCGGACAGGGUGGGUUCGAUGACAGGUUCGGCCCGACGGUCCUGACGAUUGCGCUGUUCUGCGCCGUGGUGGUGAACUUUGUGCUGAGGGUUGUGAGUGAGAACAAGAAAUAG